AUGGAAGAAGUCUGCGGCCUGCGGCAGCCCUAUGCGCGAAAUCGCGUUGUGCUUAAACACCUUAGCUUGGUUGUACGUGAUGUGGGUUUUUGUUGUUUCAAAGAUGCCGCGGUGGAAGCGGUGGCGUGUGUGUGUUUUUUUUUUUGCUUGGUCUUUUUCCGCCUCAUCACUAGCCUCCUUAUUACUGCUACUGCUGCCCUCCACACAGGAAAGGGUUUGGCAGCUGCGGGGGCGGCUUCACUAAAGAACGCCACUUUGUCAGCUCACACUGAGAGCUCCGGGAAAUCAUUUGCCGUAUGCUGUUUAAACACAUCCUGCGUGUUGCUGGCUGGCUGGCUGCGGUGGAUAACUCGCAUCCUCGGUGUGUGGGUGGUUGGGGCGUGGGCAUUUUGA